AUGUCCAAGGAUCAGCGCCCUAUUACUUUCUUUGAUAUUUCUAUCGGCGAUAAACCCGCCGGAAGGAUUGCCUUUUCCUUAUACAAGGACCUUGUGCCAAAAACAGCAGAGAAUUUCCGAGCAUUAUGUACUGGAGAAGAAGGCAUUGGGAGGGCGGGAAAGGCUUUGUGGUACAAGGGAUCAGGAUUCCAUCGUGUGAUUAAGGGUUUCAUGUGCCAGGGUGGUGACUUCACUGCUGGAAAUGGAACUGGUGGUGAAUCAAUCUACGGUGAAAAGUUCGAAGAUGAAGCAUUCCCCGUGAAACACACAAAACCCUUCUUGCUAUCUAUGGCAAAUGCGGGACCCAACACCAAUGGAUCGCAAUUCUUCAUUACUGUCGCACCCACCCCGCAUCUCGAUGGAAAGCACGUCGUGUUUGGAGAAGUGAUCAAGGGAAAAUCCAUAGUGCGUCAGAUAGAAAACCACCCUACUUCCUCAGGCGAUGUCCCCACUGAGCCAAUUGUGAUCACCAACUCGGGAGAGCUCUCUCCUGAUGAUCCAUCACUUCAAGACGACCCCAUGGCCCAGACUGGUGAUCCAUAUGAAGAUUACCCUGAAGACGAGGAUAAAGAUACGGAAGACCCAAAAGUCGCCCUAGAAAUCGCAGGAGUGGUGAGAGAGGUUGGAAACAAACUUUUCAAGGAAGGAAAGACAGAGGAAGCGCUGCAGAAGUAUCAAAAGUCACUCCGUUACCUAGAUCUCCACCCUGUAUUGCCCGAAGGUUCUCCCCCUGAGCUGAAGGACAGCUUUGACGCUCUCCUUGCUCCCCUUCUUCUCAAUUCUGCACUUGCUGCUAUCCGUACCAAACCCCAGUCCUCCGCAAAUGCCGUUAUUGCUAUUAGCAGCGCUACACGUGCUUUGAACACAUUGACUCUCAAUAAUGCGGACAAAGCUAAAGCGCUGUACCGUCGUGCUCUUGCUCACAUCUAUAUGAAGGACGACGAUAAAGCUGAGCAAGACCUCGUCGAGGCAAGCCAGCUGGUACCUGAAGACGCAGCUAUUGCUGGCGAGCUUGCGAAAAUCAAACAGCAACGCAAGGAGAAGAGGGAAAAGGAGAAGAAGCAAUUCAAGAAGUUGUUCGGUUGA